CGUUGAUCGUUCUGGAUGAGCUGGGCUCGGACGGUGCUCUUCGCCGUGGCCGCCGUUGGCGUUGCGACGGGCACUGUCCUUGUGUACAGAUAUGCUACACGAGGUCUUGGAGGAGACCGACCUCAGGACGAGGAAGAGAUUCCGCAUAUUGGCGAUACUACCUCCCGACAUGAGUCGCAGGCGACAUCGCCACCUCCGACAACGCCCUUGCCUUCCGACGAAGUACACACGAGCGCCAUUAGCGCCACAGAGAGCGACGAGUCUUUAUUGCCGACGACGGACGAGCGAUUGGAGAUGGAUCGACUGGUGGUGCAGGAAAGCAACAUGCUGCUGUCGUUGUUUGGGGUCGUGUUCCUUGCGAUUGUGGUGGUCGUGGCCAGCGUUGUCGUGUUGACCAGCCACGACAUCCCAUCCAUCAUGCACGUCGAAAUGUUUCCGCCGCUCUUCUUUGUUGGUGUCGGCAUCGUCGCCGCGUCGUUGAUCCAUGCCGUCAACCAGCGCAGCUUGGUGUCGACGUUGCCGCCGCCACUGUUGACCGACAAAGCAACUCCGUGCUAUGACGCCAGCACUCCAACCACACCUGGAAGCGGCGACCAUCCGUCGACCUCGAGUGGCAGCAAUGGAUCACCGUCGUGGGCAGCGAAAGCCCCAUCGCCGCGACGGAAUGUCACCUUUGAAACCGACGCGGCUGCCGCGUCGCAACCAUCAUCAUCCACCCCCCUUCCUCCCGCGGCGGUAGCCCCUUUGCCGGACCACGCGGCGCUCGUGGCUAAGGCGGAUGAGCUGUACACCCAAGGAAAGUUUCAACCUGUCAAGGCGUUCCUGGAUGAAAACUUGAAGUAUUACCCUCAAAGCAUCGACUUGUUGUGGCGAAGUGCGCGUGCGUGUCAAGACAUGACGACCGAGACCACGGACGUAGCCGCAACAAAAGCCCUCGUGUUUGAGGGCAUGACAUUUGCCGAACGCGCGUACGAACUCCGCCCAAACGACGCGAUGACCAACAAGUGGAUGGGCAUCAUGCUGAGCUCCGUGGGCAACUACCGCGAUACAUCCGAAAAGAUCAAGGGCGCGUUCAAAAUCAAGAACUUUAUUGAACGGUCGAUUGAACUGAAUCCGAACGAUGCGACGGCGCACAACAUUCUCGGCCAAUGGUGCCUCGCGUUUGCCAACUUGGGCUGGCUGGAGAAACAAGCUGCGACGAUGCUCUUUGGCCGACCGCCCACGGCGACCUACGAGGACGCUGUGCGCCACUUUCAUGAUGCUGAGCAUGUGAGCCCUGGGUUUUGGAAGAAAAACGUGUACUUGCUUGCGGAUACGUAUGCGAAGAUGGGAAAUGUGGUUGAAGCCAAGCUAUGGCUGGCAAAAGCGGAUGCUGUGCCGGUCAAGACGACAGAGGACAAGGAAGUGCAAGCUCAGAUUGAAACACUCCGAAAUGCGUUAGCGUAGGAAUUCCCACGAUAAUGGAUACAUGAUCGCACCGAUAAGACAAUUGAGAGUUCAUGACGUGGAUGGAGUUUGGGUUAAACUACUACCGGCGACGGUUCAUGGCACCUCCACCAAGCCGCUGGCCAGCACCUGCGUUGGCAAACGACCGCGACUGCCUCAGCGCUUCCUGCAAAUCGGGGUCGUCAUCAUCGUCAUCGUCAUCGCUGUCGUCUUCGGGAAGGGGGCCACGGUUGCGGAUCUGCUGCUCGAAGUGCUCAGUGGUAAGUUGGCCCGCCAGCCGCUUGGCCUUCGUAUUGAACACCGAGUACGCGCUGGGAAUGGACACGGCCCGCCCAUGCUCGUCAACGAUCACGGAGUCUUUCUCUUUGUCCCCAAGGUUGGCCACGAUCAAGGUGAAUAGCGAUGCAAUGAUGUACAAAGUCACCAAGUCAUGUCCUCCGCUCCACACCAACCCCGCCGUCCAGAUUGCAAAGUACACAGUGUACUUCAACGUUUGCCAUGUCAGAACGCUGCGCAGCUGGGCAAGGGACGGACACAGCGCUUUGAUCUCCACCCAAGUCUGUUCGUUUACGCGGAGGAAGGGUGGAAUGAACGGCGUCAACGCGGCAACUAUGCCGUUGUACCCCAUGGUGUGUUGAUGAUGUUCUGCGCG